AUGAGGAGGAAGAAGCUCUCUGUGGCGGGCUUUUUACUCGCCUGGAAAGUAGCUUUGUUGCUCAGUGUGAGCCAGUGUAAGGAGGUGGACAAUGCUGCGAGGGCACGGCAGGUCCCGAUGUCACCGUCGGAUUUUCUGGACAAACUGAUGGGAAGAACGUCUGGAUAUGAUGCCAGGAUACGACCCAACUUUAAAGGUCCUCCUGUCAAUGUGUCCUGUAACAUUUUCAUCAACAGCUUUGGCUCCAUCGCUGAAACCACCAUGGAUUACCGGGUGAACAUCUUCCUCCGUCAGCAGUGGAACGACCCCAGGCUCGCCUACUCUGAAUACCCUGACGACUCCCUGGACCUGGACCCGUCUAUGUUGGACUCCAUUUGGAAGCCCGAUCUGUUCUUCGCCAAUGAAAAGGGAGCACACUUUCACGAAGUCACCACAGACAACAAACUACUCCGGAUAUUUAAGAAUGGAAAUGUUUUAUACUCGAUCAGGCUAACAUUAACCCUUUCAUGUCCCAUGGACCUGAAAAACUUCCCCAUGGAUGUCCAGACAUGCAUCAUGCAGCUGGAGAGCUUCGGUUACACCAUGAAUGACCUUAUCUUCGAGUGGCAGGAGAACGGACCGGUCCAAGUGGCAGAAGGCCUCACGCUGCCACAGUUCAUCCUCAAAGAUGAAUCAGACCUCAGAUACUGCACCAAGCACUACAACACAGGUAAAUUUACCUGCAUCGAGGUGCGCUUCCACCUGGAGCGUCAGAUGGGUUACUACCUGAUCCAGAUGUACAUCCCCUCCCUGCUCAUUGUCAUCCUGUCUUGGGUCUCUUUCUGGAUCAACAUGGACGCAGCUCCAGCCAGAGUGGCUCUGGGCAUCACCACCGUGCUCACCAUGACAACGCAGAGCUCAGGAUCCAGGACGUCACUGCCCAAGGUCUCGUAUGUGAAGGCCAUAGACAUUUGGAUGGCUGUGUGUCUUCUCUUCGUCUUCUCCGCACUGCUCGAGUACGCAGCUGUCAACUUUGUGUCGAGGCAACACAAAGAGCUGCUGAGGUUCAGACGGCAUCACAAGAGCAAGAGCAAGAACAAUGGAGGUGCAGUUGAUCCAGAGGAGCUAGCCGAUUCCCUCCGCCGUGUUAACAUUGACAUCGGCCUCAAAGCAUCAGACCCUCUUUAUGGAUCUAUGAGCAACAUCUACGCCGACAACCACAGGGAAGGGGAAGUUCAAGAGAGCAGACCGACCUCCGCAGCUGCUGUGACCUCCACUCCCAGCAACAGCAAGGAGUCGAAGGCCAGCAUCAACAACACCGUGGCUGUGGUCAACACCCCCGGAGCCACCGCGAACACUACCCAGAAUCCACCUGGAGCUGCGACAGGUGGUGGGGGUAAAAGCACGGAAGAGAUGAGGAAGUUAUUCAUCGACCGAGCCAAAAAGAUUGACACUGUGUCGAGGGCCGGCUUCCCUCUCGCCUUUCUCUUCUUCAAUAUAUUCUACUGGGUUCUUUAUAAGAUCCUUCGGCACGAAGAUGUACAUAAGCAAUAG